UUUGCUUACGUUUCUUGUGCGUGCUUGUGUUUUUGUUAUUUUGCAAGAAUGAACAACGUCGUUGAAGUGUCACCGUGUUUGCUGUUCGAAGCAUCUGGAGAUUCCGAGAACCAUCAUCAAGAACGUGGCCUCGAAGGCGAUGAUGUAUUGAAAGGUCAUGAAGAUCAUAGUGAUGAUGAUGCUGAGUCAUGCAGGUGCGGGAGUCAAAUGACGAGUAGGUCAACUGAUCAUGAUCCGGUAGAAGAAGAAGAAGAAGAAGAAGAAGAAGAAGAAGCUGAGGUCGCCGGAGAGAAUGAGGAUCACGAUGAUGGAGACGGUGAAGUGAAUAGUUAUGGGAGGUCGCCGGAGAAGAGAGACCGUGAAAAUCGGACCGUUGAUUUAUCUUCGACGGGAAAUGACGAGAGGUCGAUUAGUGAGAUUGAAAAAAACCGAAUGUUUUGGGAAGCUUGUUUGGCUUCUUAAUACUAUUGUAUUUUUCUGUUUUAUGAGCAAGAAAUUCUAGUUAUUAGUAGUGUA